AUGUGCUUCACCGUCACAUUAUACGACAGGCACCAAUCGGAGUACACGGUGGCUGAGACCACACCGACCGGAAACUUCUCGCUAGGUAGCUAUCGAGUUUUCCUUAAGGAUCACACAUGCGAUUGUGGCCACUUUCAGGCGCUCCAUUAUGCAUGUUGUCACGCCAUUGCAUGUUGCUCACACUCGCGCCUGAAUUGGGCGUCAUAUGUUCACGAGGUGUAUCGUAUGACUGAGGUGUUCAACGUGUACAAGCAAGGUUUUUUUCCGCCUAUCCCAAAAGACCUAUGGCCCCCAUAUGCUGGACCGACAAUCAUUCCUGAUCCUAACAUGAGGCAUGCUAGGGAAGGACGUCCGAAGGCAACCAGGAUCCGUGGGAGCAUGGAUCAGUCUGUUGAGAACCACCCGAAGCGCUGUGCGCUCGGCCGUCAGCUUGGUCAUACGCGCAGGAACUGUGACCAGUGA